AUGUUUAAUUCAGAUACUACGGUAGUUUCACUUGGUGAGGAUCAGAGAGCUACAAUAUACAUGUUACUACCGAAGUUACGAAGGAUGUUUUGGCAAGAACAAGAACUCGAUUAUGGCUGCCAUGAUGUUGUAUGCAGUUCAGAAAAUCAAGGGAACCGAAAACAUCUCUACGUUUUUUUUUUGAGACCAAUCAUGGACAAAGUGAUGGAGAUUCAGUGCAUAGCACAAGUUGGUGAUAUUUUCAUUUCCAGCCAAGUUUACGCUAUAAUCGAAUUAGCCAGACGAAAAAAUCCAUACAAAGUCAUUCCGAUGGGCUGGUCAGACUUUCUGGAUUUUAAAAGUUUGUCAAAACUAUUACGAAUUUUGACAGUUCGCACAAGCAAUGAAGAAGACUCGAACAAAACCCAAUCACAAAGCGGCCCGAAAUGUUGGAAAUUCCACCGUUCAGUCUCAAGUCCGACGAGAACAAAUAAUAACGCAGGCACCACCAGAGACGGCAUCGACGAGAUCUUUGAAAAUGUAUACUCCAACCGGCCUUCAAGCCUGAAAGAAGCAAAAGAGAUAAUUUCUGACAAAGCUGCCGGAAAAUAUUGCCCGUGA